CUCCCUGCAUCACCUCAAACACCACCAUCACCACUUCAUCACCUUCUUCCAUCUCCAUCCUCCUCGCAACUCCUUGUGAUGCUUUGUUCGAUAUAGACCCGCCUCUACGCAAACAAGCAUCGAAGAGAGCAUCACUCCGCUCCAUCCAAGAUGGCGCUCCGCAUCGUUCCCCCUGCCUCUCACCCCCUCACUACACAAGCCGAGCUCGGUGCGCCCUCCGCUCCAGGGGUGCACGACACUCUGCGCGCCAACCUCUCCCUCACCACUCCCGCCCCGAAAGCGCAAGGAUCACACUUCGAGCUUCAGUCCACGCAUCCCCUCGAAUCACGACUAGCGCAGUGGCGCACCCAGCAAGAUGCGUUGCAAAUGGAGAUGCUGAGACGACAGUUUGGCAUCGCGGAGCCGGUGAAGCGAGGGAUGGAACUGCAUAUUGUGCGUGCUGGGGAGUGGACGCCCAUGUGCCUGGGAGGAGGAUUUGGCUAUGGAGGUGGCCUGCACGCCGAUAUCCUGUCGGGGAGAGAUACAGAGAUUGGAUGGGAGGAUGUGUUUGUGGGACAUGAGAUGAGGGAUGUUCCGGACUUCCACACGGAGAUGGAGAGGAGGUUUGGGAUGAACUGGUAGAGUGGCUUGCCAUGCCAGACGGACCGGCCAGGACACCAGAUGCGUGUCUGGGAAAGAGCAGGCGGGAGGACACGCAUGUACUACCAACUUCACUUCUCGCUGUACCAUACCACGCUCAGCACGAGAUGAAUAGAUGGCAUUAGUAUUCACAGUAAUCAACACGCUCAGAGUGCUA